UAAGUUAGUUCAACUUCAAUGUAGAAAACAGUUGUUGCUCUAUUCUAGGUUUUAGAAGUUGCUCAUGAUUCUGUGUUAUAGUAAUCCUAUAGUUGUUGAUGAUAGAAUCUUAUUGUAACAGCCACAGGAAGGGUGUCGACUAAGGUUGAUGUGUAUGCAUUCGGCGUGAUAUUGAUGGAGCUAAUCACCGGAAGGAAAGUUUUAGAUGAAUCGCAACCUCCGGAGGACAUCCAUUUGGUGGCGUUAUUCCGCCGGAGAUUUUCCCAUGAAAAGGACAAGAUCUUAACUGAGAUGAUGGAUCCAACUCUUGAACUCAAUGAGGAAGCUAAAAAAAACUGGGCAGAAGUUGCUGAUUUAGCAUGGCACUCGACAGCCCGAGAGCCUCACCAGAGGCCUGACAUGAGCCAUGCUGUCAAUCGACUAGCUCCUCUAGUCAACCACUGGCAACCAACUAACUAUGUCGACGAAGAUGACGAUGAUGAGCCAAGCAUGAACCUGACAAAACGGAUGGAGCAAUGGCAGUAUAACGAUACCACUUCAACAAGUACAUUCGACUCCAGCUUGAAGUGAAAGUCCAGCUCUAAAUCUGAAUAGGAUUUUAUGAAAGUUUGCAAUACUGAAGUUGCAAGAGGAAGAAGAUAAAGUUUGAGACGAAGUCAUGGUAAACUAUACACUGCCAUGACUAACUAAUUAAAUUUUACUUUACAAAAAAAAUUUUGACUUGUUUUUUUCGUAAGAACAAAUUUUGUUC